CUGACCUCUGACUGUAAAAGUUUUCUCCCCUAACUUCAUUGUUUAGUUAUCAAUUAUUGUAACUCUUAACAGUUAAUUGUUAUACUAAAAUAGAUCCAGGUCAAUCAUAAUUAGAAGAUACACCCAAUGCUGUCGACAACCUGCAGCGAUGUUGCGGCAUCUGGGCAGCGAGGAGGAGGCUCAGAGCCGGUGACAAAAGCACGAAGCUCCGGCAACUGUCACGCUCAAGACGGUGAAAAGAGAUGGGUCGAUGUUCAGGAGUGGCCCGACGGAUCUAGAUAUGAAGGGGAAUUUGUAAACGGCUUGAAACAUGGCAAUGGAAAGUACAUCUGGGAAAAUGGGGAGUACUAUGAAGGUUCUUUCUACAAAGACUACAAGCAUGGGGGUGCGCUUUACAGCUGGCCCACAGGCCACAAGUUCAUUGGCAAGUUUUACCUCAAUAGAAGGGAGGGAUAUGGUCAACAGAUGUUCCCAGAUGGAACCACCUUUCAAGGUUUGUAUCACUUCGACCAGAGGUUUGGUCCAGGUGUACUUACUCAUCCAGAUGGCCGACAGGAUGUGGGUCUGUGGCUCAAGGAGCACCUGCUAAGGCUCUGUACUUCUGUAGAGGAGGACUUUAGUCUAAACAACUUUCCUGAAUAUGCUGCUUAUGUGGAACCUUCUGUCGGCUCAAAUUCCCUCUCUCAGGUGGUUAGAGAGAGAGCUCCACUACCAGACGAUAGUUUUAUCUAUCCCCCUGGCAUUGAAAGUUAUUCAACAGAUGGUGACCACUUGCCGCUCCCUCCAGCCCGAAGAAAAGAAUUGGACCAACACUUUUUUGGCAAGCUGUGGGAGCCAGAAGCUCAGCCGCAUCAUAGUUAUGAGAGAGACCCACUCGCCACUCUUCCUUUGCAGGCCCGAAUGGAAGCUCAUAUACAGAAACACAGACUGGAGGCUAAAACUGUGGGCUGGGAUGUGGCAGCUAUUCUCUCUCUGAAGAGGGAAGGUUUUGGUCCUAAAGGGCCUUUGGAAGUCACUUCAGAACGGCUGAUCCAGCACAGCUCACAUGGGGACCUCCAGGCAGUGUCACAGAUCAUCCGAGCUGGUUUGGUCCAUCCUGAUGUAGCAGAUUCACAAGGACACACCGCACUUAUUGCUGCCACGGUAAACUGUCACAAUGAUGUGAUCCACGUGUUGUUGAAUAGGGGUGUUGAUAUUAACAAGUUGAAUAAUGAAGGAAUGUCUGCCCUGGCUGUAUGUUAUGUCCUCUACUACCCUUUCGAGUCUCUUUACACAGUGCUGGCUGAACCACUCACUAAAACUCCAGAUUUAAUGUGUCCAUCUUCAUGUGGGAAUGCUUCCCAAACCAGGGAAAUUGACUUCACUUUGACCACAACAGACCUUCACAACGGACCUCAGACCACUGACGUAUUUGUGAGGGAGCAAGCAAACUUCAGACACCUGCCUGAGCAGAAGUAUCACUUCACUAGCAAGGACUAUGUCUCAGCAGUGGUAUCUAAAGAAUUAAUUGACGACAUCUCACAUCACAGGAGUAAAGUGUCCAAUCACAGUGAGCUCAUCACAAAGCACUGGCUUAGUAUCAGUGAACCUGAGACCCCUGCAGACACUGUGAACCCUCAGGAUGAGGAGAAAAAAGACAAAGGAAAUGAAGACUGCGAGGACACAGAAGAGGUGGAAGAAGGACAGAGCAUUAAUGAGGAUGAGAAUGAGAAUCAAUGUGAUGAAAGACAAACAGACAGCGGAUGUGACCAGUCAUUAAAAAAUGGACAAAGUAAUGAAACAGCAAUAAAAAUAGAUUUAAAAAAUGUGGAAAACAAUGAAGAAGAUGUUAAGAUUGAGAGCAGAGAAACUGAAUCUAGAAUAGAAAAUAUGGUGAAGAAGGAGGAGUUUGAGGAAGACGUGAAGGAUUUGAAGGAGAUAAAAGAAACAGAGCAUUCACUUCAAGGGCUAAAUGGCCAUAUUGCACUGAGCAGUGUUCAGUGGAAAGAAACUGAAGUCAAGGACAACGACAAAGAAUUAACCCCAACACAGAUCUUUGAGUCUGCCUGUUCGGCAAGCAACAACAUGAGUGACAUCCAUGGGGCAGAGGAGGGGAUGACGCAGACAGGAGAAGCACUGUGCUGCACAGGGAUUCCUUGUAACACACAAGAGACUGUGCACAAAGUGGCUGCCAUGAAAAUUGAGCCCACUGUGCGUUUGAAAACACUAAAGCUUUUACUGGAAAGGGGAGCUGACCCCAACAGGGCCAGAAUCCCCAUGCCCGUCCUCUUUUUAGCCAUUAUGGCAGCAGACACUGACGCUGUGAAAACACUGUUGUUGUGUGGAGCUCGCGCUGACAUUCCUCUUUCAAAGGAGAAGAAAAGCUUGUACCCCUUGCAUGUGGCUGCAGCACUGCCAGGUCCAGCAGGUCUCAGAAUGACAGAGCUGCUGCUGCACACUGCCAUUGACCCUGAUGCACAGGCAUGUGAUCAGAAUGAGGUGUAUGAACCAGAUAAGAUUUCCAUGUUGAAUAAUGAAACUCUGAACCCAGAUGCGACCCCACAUCGCAAAGAGGGGGGCCGGACAGCCUUACACAUAGCCUGCCAGAGAGACAGUGACCACCAGAAUGCCAGUAAAGUGGUGGCCCUCUUGCUCUCCCACAGAGCCAGCACAGACCUCCUCUGGAGUGGACACUCACCCCUCUCCCUGGCUAUAGCAAGUGGCAAUGACCUGGCAGUGGAAGAGUUGUUGAAUGGAGGAGCAGAUCCCAACAUACCCCUGGGCUGCAGGGUGGGCAGUGCCCUGUGUGCUCUUGCCAACAUCAACUACCACUUAGGUGACAACAGAAUUAAAAUGUUGGAAAUGUUAACUAAAGCAGGUGCAGACAUCUUGAUGCCAGUUACAGUGGGCGAUGUUGUGGGAACUGCAGUUGACUAUGUACACUAUUCUUUCAGUCAGGACAAGGCUGUUCUCCACACUUCAUUUCCUCCUCUGAACAAGCAAGAGAGGCGAGUACAAUGGCAGCUGCUGAGGAUGAUGGGUGAUCUGCUGAGACAGACUGCUGACCAAAGGCAGAGACAGCAUCAACUUGUACUGAAGGGUGCAGAGGCCAUUUCUUCAAAUGGGACACUCCCAAGUUGUGACAAAAUACACAAGAAGGCAGAAAAAGAAAGGAAACCAUUGUUUCAGUUCUGCUAUCACUGCGGGCGCUCUGCAUUUGUCAAGCUGACUGCUUGUAGCUGCUGCAACAUGGUCUUCUUCUGCUCCUGGAAAUGCAAAAACAAAGCACAAGAAAGACACAAUAAAGAGUGUAUGCAAGUAUCAGGGAAUCGGGGCAUCUCCCUCAAAAAACCACAACCCAGAAAAUCCAAACAAUGCAAGCCUCCAAACUUUAUUCCUGAAGCAUCUGCUGAUGGCAUCCAGAAGAAUGUGGUGUUUAAAUCUCAAAGAGGCCCCAAGCCCAUCAAUUCCAAUUCCAAAAACCUUCCUCCACUACUGAGUGUCUCGUUGAAAUCCCACGGGGCACCCAAGUCCUUGAACAUGGCAGAGAAGCCCUUGGAAGGCCAAGUCAGCCUGAGGGAAAACUACAGUCAUAACUGAUGGGUCCUAAAAUCACAAGGCUUUGAAAUAGCUGGCUUUAUCUAACGAAUGUAACAAUGCACUUGUUUAACAUACGCCCCUUUCUUUACUCUAAGAUGCAGAUGUGCCAUAAACAAAUGUUUUUUGUCAUUUUUGUUUCCAGUCCAAAUAAAUAUAUAAUUUAGAGUGCAAUAAUUUUAUGUUCCUUCUUGCAUUUCUUCCAAAGAAAUAUAACAAAUAUGGAAAAUCCAAUGAAAACCUGGUCUAGAUCUGGGGAUAUGAUUUCUUAUCUAAAUGUUUUUUUAUACCAAAGCUAUCAUUUUCA